AUGAAGUUAUGGAAAGGUGCUACUUUUGCCUUCAUGCUCUGUGGUGCAGCCGUGUCCAUCCUCCUCAUUAGAAACAUGGCCGCUGUUGGACAGUUCAGACCCAAGACAAAGUAUCCACACACAUCUUCAUCCUCCUCAAGAGCGUCUUCAUCGCCAGGAUCGACGCCCAGAACCUCGCUGCCACCGACAGUGUUGUCCCGGCAGAUGGGUGGUCCUCACCGGAGAACCCGCUCGGCAGAUAACAUGAACUCUCUUCUCACUGAUUUUUCCAUGAUGUUCCAGAGCUUCACAGAGGGCGAGCUUCAGCAUGUGGUCGGCUCCUUGCUCGACAGGAAGAGAAGGAAGAGCUGGCGCCAGGGUGACAACCAGGCGCGGAGGACUAAAAGAGCGCGGAGGCCGAAGCCCUGCUCUGUGAGGGAGCUGGAGAUGACCGUGAGCGAACUGGGUCUCGGCUACGACAGCGACGAGACGGUGCUGCUGCGCUACUGCAGCGGCAAGUGCACGGCCCACCGGCACAACUAUGACAUUACCAUGGAGCACAUGAUGCGGACGGGCUUCAGGAAGAAGGGCCGCAAGGACAAGGUCAGUAACGGGCCCUGCUGCCGGCCGACAGCGUUCGAAAACGACUUUUCCUUCCUGGACAACAAGAGCCGCUAUCACACGAUACAGAAUGUGUCGGCGAAGAACUGUGGGUGCGUAUGA